UUCUCUCUCAUACUUAAGUACAAUUCAUUAAAAAUAUUCACAUUCGAAGUUCGUUUUAAUUUUUUUACGAUCGUAUUUCGUCGCGAUCCAUAAAGCCGUUCCGUACGUAUUUGUUUUACGAUCGAGCUACGUCGAUCAUAUAAAUCUCUUCCCUUGAACGAACUCGUAUCGCGCGUUGUAUAGCCAUGUACAUAUGUAUAUAUAUAUAUUUAUGUAUGUACGUACGUACACGUUCCCUUCCUACUCGAAUUACUUGCGCUUAUUAACGCUGACGUAAAAUAUUAAAACGGUCGUGUAACGGGCGCAACAGACUGGUACCCCACGUGCUUCGUUAAUUAUAAUAUCUGCCCACACCUCGUGGUCGAUCUAUUCAAUAUUAAUCUGCACUGAGUCCUAAGGAUUAGAAUCGUAUCGCACGAAAUCGAGAUUACGCGUGGGUCGUAUCGAAAGAUCAUGGAAAGCGCGACGAGGCUUUCGUAUAUUCGUUGAUUUAUGCUCGAUUCGCAAAAGCCUUCUGGAUUAAUGAAAAGUAAGGGAAAGUUUACGAAUAGGAAUAUAAAUAGUUGAUAUUUAUGUAAUGAUUAGAAAUAUAUUACAGAAUGAUAUUAUAGAGAAGAUUAAAGGAACGAAUUUAAAGAAUUAUGAAUUAAUCGACUCUUCAUAUAAUAUUUUUAUCCAUUCAUUCGUUUCAUAUCAUUUAUAUAAUUAUUUAUUCUAAUCCGAUAUUCAGUUUAUAUUUAUUUUGUUAAAUUUACUAUGCGAAGUUUACGCACAUAUACACCUACAUAUCGAAAGAUAUUUCUUUUUUUAAAGUCUCGCAUAACAGAAGGACGAACCUAUCGUGCAAGAAGCGAUCAUGGAUGAGAGUUUGGGUCACGUCUCUCAACAUUCACGCACGUACGCGCAAAUAUAUACACAAAGCAAAAUACCCGUAAACAAGCAAAAUACACCAGCUUAACAGCAGCACCGUUCUUCGUGUAUCGGACAGUAGCAUCGUCGUCGGCGUAGGUAGUAAAAGCUAUGGAGAAGAUUAAGUUGAGAAGGAUUUUCGUCAUGGCAAAAGCUCGUAAAUAAACACAUCCAACAUCGAUUCCUUUGAUCGUUCGAAAGUUCGAAAGCCGAUGACACUCCCUGACCAACGUCAAGAAGAUUGAGAGACAAGACAUUAGACUUUCUGAGAGUUGAAAGAGAAGAGGAAAAUAAGAGGCAGAAGAAGAGGAGGCGGAGUAGGAGGAGGAAGACGUCUUUCGUCUCUUCCUGUAGAAGACGAUGCCGUUCAUCGUAUUCUCGAAGAACCAUAAGAAACGUUGUCAUUUGCUGAGAGGAGCAGAAGAAGAAGAAGAGGAAGAAGAAGAAGAAGAAGAAGAAGAAGAGAAAGAAGAGGAGGAAGAGGAGGAGAAAAAGAAAGAAAAGGACAGAAAUGAAGUCAAAGUGGCGCUGGUAGACCCGCGAAGGCUUUUAUAUGCACGAGAAACGCUCUUUGCCGCUCACGGCGAGAUAUGAGCUCUAAAUUUAGCCGUAAGAAUUUUCGCAGCAUCUACACGCGUGGCUGUUCCCUCUAGUGACUACUAUUGCCGCUAUUCCGCGUCUUUUGCUUGAUUUUUACAGGACGAGUCACAUUGGGCUCGGAUUUAUACGAAGUCAAGUGUGCGGCUAAAGAGAGAUAAAGAGAGAGAGAGAGAGAAAGAGAAAGAGAGAGCGAGAAAAAGAGAAAGAGAGACCAAGAGCGGACACACGUUCGUUCUUUCUCUUUCUCUCAUUCUCAUCUCGCUCUCUUUACAAAGCUAGUUUCUCGCAUUAAUAGUACUAAAAGAGUAUACGUCUGUGUACAUCCGUCUGUGUGUCUGUUCGUAAGAAUAGAAGAAUAGUAGACGACGAGAAGAGCAUCUUUAUUUUCGGAUGACUCUCUGAAAAGAUGCUGAUCACCAAGUACACUACGAUACUGCUGCAGUCGACCAAUCAGCACAUCAUUAGAAGCGAUGUCUUCUUGGAACCGUAUCUGCAACAGCACGGGACCGUUCAGGUUGUCAGCUCGCCGAGCACGCCACCACCGAAUCCGCUCCAGCAUCAUCAACUUGCGCAGUUACAUCAUGGACAGAGCGAAGAGUCGCUUUCUUCGGAAGGCUCGGCCACCUCGGGAGGAUCUUCAGGCACCACGGAAGAUUCUGGCAGCGAGGUGGCAUGUGACAUAACGCUGAUCGAAAGACUCAUACGAUCCCAUCCGAUUUGGUUCCUCCCGGGUAUUCAAAGAGCUGGCGCUUUCCACUUGUUGCAAGGAAAGGAGGAAGGGAACUUCGUAGUCCGACAAUCAAGUCAAAGCGACACGAUGGCCCUUUCGGUGAGAUUACCAGCCGGGAAGGGACCUUACAUCGAACACUACCUGAUCCAAGCCAACAAGGGGAAGUUGAGCUUGGAAACAAGUGAGAACAGGUUCGACAACAUCCCCUCAUUGAUAGCUCAUUAUUCCCAGUGCUGUGAUGAGUUGCCAGUGCAAUUGACGCUACCGAGAGCAAUGCGAGAAGCCAAGAAUAGGCAACAACUUUCGUCACUAGCACUUUUAGGUCAAGAAUUUUGGAGAUAUCCAAUGGCGAAUCCAAAACCACCGGAGAGCAGUAGUAGUAACACAUCGAGUUUAAGUAGUUUCCAUGGUUGUAACAACAAUCAUAAUAACAACAAUAACAACGGUGGUACUCCGACGACAGAAAGCAUCGUUCUUAACCUUGCACCUAUUUCAUCUCACGAUACACAAAAUUCGUCACCAACAAAUACAGGAACGACGUCAACGUUUGCUUCAUCCUUACCACGACAGCCAAGACCAACGCCACCGAAUACGCUUAAUCUGACAACUUUUAAUGAGCCACUGGACGUAAAGAAAGAUCAACACGAAGUCAUGUCUCCGUGUGAGAAGCUGUCGCAAAAAUUGAUCUCUCCGAACUUGGUGCAAAGCGUACGUUGCCCAUCACCCAUCGUUCAUAACGUCGAGAGCAACGUUCUUAGUCCCACUCAGGAUACUAAAGGAAACUUCGAGAGUACGAGAAACAUCCUUGAAACACCGAAGACGACGAUCGUCGAGUUUUCCAGAAGUAGCAAGUUUACCUCCAUCGGCACGUCGACAUCGAAUUUCCAUCAAAAUAUUUCCAGCUUCAAUAAUCCCUCAUGCACGAAUUCACCUAUUAUAGCUGAUGGUCAGAUCGUUGGGCAAAACGUCAAAACUCCACCGCCACCACCACCAAGAUGGGCAAAACCUGGAUUAAGUCAAAAUCAAAGUAAUUUUACCGUGACCACAACCGUUACGUUCAAUGUCAAUCAAACUAACGACGUUAAUGUGUCACAGCAAAAUACACCGACAGAAGCGAACACAUCAUUAUUGAGUCCGCAAAGCGCAACAUCCAACAAGUCUCUCACAUCGAACUUUUCCAUAAAAUCACCUCUUUCGCCAACGAUGCCAGUGCUAUCACCCACAUCGAAACUAGUCUCCAACGUCGGUAGCAAAACACCAAAUGUUCUUUCGCCCACGACACCAUCUAGCACAAGCAAGUCGAAACGACGACGUGAUCGCGAAGCUAGGAAGAAUUCCCAACAUUAUCAAGAAUCUGAUAUCCUUGAUUCGUAUUACCGUAGCUCACCAGGUGAUAAAAUCUCAGACUACGAGGAUAUCUGGAACACAACCGAUCAAUCGAAUCACUCUACUUGGUCACCGAACGACAGACUCACACGUAACGAGCCACCCGGUAAUGCUCAGGAUCGUUUAAGAAAUUCCAACGAUCGAUUGAUCGGUCAAGAGAGAUUAUUUAGUCCGAUCGAGAGAUGCCCCAAUCAGAGAGACGAAAGAUUGACGGGGAACAAGCAGUUGAUCGUAAGAAACGAGAGGUUCAUUUUGAGAAAUGACAAAUCGGUUAUAAAUGAGAAACUCGGUUAUAAGGAAGUUACUAGUCCAGAAUUCAGUAGUUUUAAACCCGUUCCUGAAAUGAAAAAUACCGAACAGACAUCACCUGAAGAAACAGGAAUGGGAAGAAGGCCCGAUUUACUCUCUAGAGUUUGUAGUGCCAAUUCGCUAAACAGUCCUAAUGCAGUGACACCGCCAAGAAAUAAACUAGGAUUGAUACUCGCCAAAUCAGAAAGCAAUAGUCCUUUAACACCUGAAUCGAAACAAGGUAGUCCAUUUUACGCGGAACCAGCUGACGCGAUCGGUCAAAGUGCAGCGAUAAUACCAAGGAGAAGAUCGAAGAACAAUCCAGCAACAAAUAAAUAUCGUCAUAGCGAACCAGGCUGGCUACAAACACCGGUUGGCAAUAAUUCGAAUCAAUUACAUCCUAUCGAUUGGGAGGAGACGGAAGAGACAGAGGAUAAGACACCAUUGAUAUCGUCGUCCGUCGACAAUUUAGCUAAACGCCUUGGUACGAGGGAAGUGAAAAAAAUUCCUCGGGCAAAACCCGUGCAACCACCAAAGAUUAGAGUCAAGGUAUUCAACGAUACAUCCUGGGCCGUGGAUUCGAGUUGGGAAUUUAUCGGAAACGAAGGAGACGAUUGUGAGCCAGAUUACGAUUGUGAUGCAGAUUACGAUGGAGAAAACGUUGCGAGAAAGUUUCCGGACGAGGAGUGCGAUAAGGAUAUUGUAGGGAAUACUUUGACCGUUCAGAGUAUCAUUCUGCAACGGUACCCAGAAUUGUUAAAACCACCGGAUACGUCAGAGUCGGUGUAUAGCGACAGGAACUCCUCGUACGAUAAUGUCGAAAAGAGGAAUGAAAGAGAGGACACGCCGGAAUCGAGAAAGGAUCAAACGUACGACCCAUCCGAAUGGGAAACUAUGUUAGAUACGGACGAGAGCGAUGUAGAGAGAAUCAAGAGAAACAAAAGCUUCAAGGAAAGACUGGAUCCUCUCUUAUCACCACCGAGAUUACAAGCUUUAAGAAAUCGCGACGUAAGUGGUACUGGUUCAACGAUAAGAUCGUACGCCCUUCAAUUAGCAGCCGACAAAACAACCACGUUCUCCCAAAAUAUCGACAAUUUUAUUCAAUGCACGAAGGAAGGCAAGGAAGCGAGCCCUCAUGUGGUCAUGAGGAACAUGCGACAAUUUAUGUCAGGAAUGAAGAAUUAUUUGGUGAAGCACGGUGAACGAGAGUUUGAGAAGGAAGUUGAGAAAGAGAGAUUAAAACUAAAACCGAACGAAUUUUUGAAUCUUGAUGCCAUUCUGGAAGGUGUGAUGAUGAGUCUCGUUGUACGGCCACUUAGAGAGCACGUUUAUAGGCUCUUCGUGGAUCAUUAUGCUAGCACGGGCUCUCUUCAAACGCUCGCUGAAAGUAUUCAACAUGCUCAGGGUAAACACGUUCAAGAUCUUGGUGUUCGACCAAAAAUUAUACCUCCGUCGGAAUCAAGUCUGGAACGUAUAUUGAAGUACCUCGAACGACUACAGAAAGCAGACUCCCCAUUGGAUAAAUUGGAGAAUUUAUUAGCUGCAAUAUCUGCAAUAUUUAACUCUAUUAAACAUGCCAAUUCCGGAAGGCACGUGACACUAGGCGCAGACGAUCUUUUACCUCUUCUCGUCUGGGUAUUGGUUCGUGGUAAGAUCGUAGAUGCCGAGGUUGAAGCCGAGUAUAUGUGGGGCCUCCUUCAUCCUUCUCUCCUUACUGGAGAAGGUGGUUAUUACCUGACGACGCUCUCUAGUGCGGUGCACGUUUUGAAGACUUUCAAAUCCAGUCACGGAACAAUGUCUACAUUAAACGGCUGUGGAACGCCAGACUGUUCUUCUGUUCUACGUAUUCUUGUACCAGAUGAAUUGCAUGGUUCUUUAAAUACUAGAACGUUACCAGUGCGGCCGAAUAUGAAUACCAGAGAUAUUUGCCGCAUUCUUGCACACAAAAUAAGAUGCACCAACCCUCAGGAUUAUGGUCUUUUCAAAUUGGUGCAAGGAGAAGAAACGCUGUUAGGCGAUCAUGAAUGCCCGCAAGAGCUCUCUCACUGCCUUUUUGCCUAUAAACGAAUUGAUGCGAAGAUAGCCUGGCCGAAAACCAGUUCUUGAACGUCGCGAAACAGCGUAUUUUUUAUUAAACUAAAUUAGAUUUGUAUCAUUCUCGUGUUGUUCGUAAGUUCGUGGCACAUUGUCAUUCUAUAAUUAUUCUACUCUGACUGAACUAUCUAAUAAGAUACGUCUAUGAAACUGGUGUGUCAAUCCAUGUAACUGAUUGUAUCUUAUAUACAUUUCAUGUUAUUGCGAAUA